CCUUCUCCCCUCCCCCCUCCCCCAAGCCUGAGGGGUCUUGAGGUGACAGCGCCUGCAACUGCGACUCCAGCAGGAGAAGAAGAUGGGCAAGAGGAAGCUCGGGCGACGGCGAUCUUCACCCGAAAUUGUCACAGAAGGAAAAAGGAAAAAGUCUUCAUCAUCUGACUUAUCAGAGUUUCAGAUAAGAAAGAUGUUAAAUGCAAAAACAGAAGAUGUUCAUGUUCAAUCACCACUGUACAAAUUGAGACGCUCAGAAUGCUGGGAUCUCCCUUUGAAGGGGUGGAAAAGAAGCUUAAGAAAUAAAGUCAUCUCUCGAGAUCAUAAAUUUAAAAAAAUUGCCCAUGGGUGUACUGUCAGUUCCAAGUUAUCACCAGAAAGGCAACUCAAAGUUAUGUUGACGAAUGUCCUAUGGACGGAUUUAGGACGAAAAUUCAGAAAGACCCUACCUAGAAACGAUGCUAAUUUAUGUGAUGCCAACAAGGUACAAUCAGACUCAUUGCCUUCGACAUCUGUUGACAGCCUAGAGACAUGUCAAAAAUUAGAACUUCUUCACCAAAGCCUUAAUUUAUCUGAAAGGAUGCCCAGAGUUAUAUUGACGAAUGUCCUGGGAACGGAGUUAGGAAGAAAAUACAUAAAGACCCCACCUGUAACUGAGGGAAGUUUGAGUGGUACAGACAACUUGCAGUCAGAGCAACUUUCUUCAUCAUCUGAUCGCAGCCUAGAAUCUUGUCAAAAUCUAAAUCCUCACAAGAGCUGUUUUUUAUCUGAAAGGGGUUCACAAGCAGGAAAGCAGAUUGCACGCAGUCGAGAGAAGCAACGAGAUGAUGAUGACCCUUCUGUUUUAAUGUCUGAUACUGAGCCUAAAGACAUUAACAAUGGCAGUGAUCAUCUUGAAAAGGGUAGAAACAGGGAUGUUACAUGUUCUGAUUUAAAAAUGGAACCUACUCAGAUUUCCAGGAAGACAAAAAAAAGGAUGAGAAAUAAUUUACCUAAUUCUUGUAAUUCUACUCCUUCUUUGGAUAUGUCAACAGAACAGAUAAAAGAACAAGAAAAUGAGUCAAUAGUAUCCACUGAAUUUGAAAAGUCAAGUGAAAGCUAUCACGAGGACUCAGAAAUGCUUGAAGAAAUUAUACCCAAACACAUAGAAAGUGAUUUUCCUAAACCACCUUCGCCAAAUAGUCAAGAGGUGGAUUUGAGUGCUGCCUUCAAAAGUGCCUCUGCCUGUUCAACCACUGAAACUUUUGAGAGCUCUGUUUUCAGUGAUACUGUGAUUGAGAAGGAUGAGAAUGAGUCGAAUACAAUAGAAAAGCCUGUUCUAAGUGGACACAGUGAAGGGAACCAGUCAUUGAUCUCUGCUGAACUAAUUGUUGUUUCCAGUGAUGAAGAAGGACCCAUUGAGCAUAAAGAUUCAGAAAUUCUUAAAUUACAACCUAAGCAAGACUAUGAGAUCACUAAUGAAAAUCAGAAUACCUCUGAAUCAGCGUUGUCAGAAUUACCGUUGACUACAUGUGAAUCUGUACAGGCAUCAUCUGAAUCAGGUCCAUAUAAUCCUGUCAUGGAAAACAUUUCCUGCGUUAUGCCUAGUAAUGAGAUGGAUCUACAACUGGAUUUCAUUUUUACUUCUGUCUAUAUUGGUAAAAUAAAAGGAGCUUCAAAAGGCUGUGUUACAUUCACAAAAAAGUAUGUAAAGAUCCCAUUUCAAGUAUCCCUGAAUGAGGUUUCUUUGCUAGUGGAUACCACACAUUUAAAGAGGUUCGGGUUGUGGAAAAGUAAGGAUGAUGAUCACAAUAAAAGGAGUUCUGCUAUCCUUUUCCUCUGGGUUGCUCCAAAUUAUCUUCAGGAGAUUCAGACCCAAUUAGAAAACUCUAUAUUAAGCCAGCAGUCAAAAUCCAGUGAAUUCAUUUUCCUUGAGCUACACAAUCCUAUUUCACAAAGAGAAGAAUUGAAAUUGAAAGAUAUUAUGAUGGAAAUAAGUGCAACCAAUGGAGAAUUAGAGCUUUCUUAUCCAUUGUCUUGGGUUCAGGCACUUCCUUUGUUUCAGAGCCUCUCUUCAAAAGAAAGUUCUUUUAUUCAUUAUUACUGUGUUCCAACUCAUUCUUUUUCUGCUCCUGCUGCUGCUAUUGAAGAAAUGAAGAUGAAAUCAGUAUCUCAGCCCUUUAAUACAGAUGCAACCAAACCUACCUACACCUUCCUGCAGAAGCAAAGUAGUGGUUGUUACUCAUUUUCCAUUACAUCUAACCCAGAUGAAGACUGGUUGAUUGUAUAUCCUCCACCACCUACCAAGGGAGGAUUAGGAGUAACUAAUGAAGAUUUGGAGUGUUUAGAAGAAGGAGAGUUUCUUAAUGAUGUAAUCAUUGAUUUUUACCUCAAGUAUCUUAUAUUGGAGAAGGCAUCAGAUGAACUUGUUGAACGAAGUCACAUUUUUAGUAGCUUUUUCUAUAAAUGCUUGACAAGGAAGGAAAAUAAUUCAGCAGAAGAUAAUCCAAAUCUUUCAAUGGCACAGAGAAGACAUAAAAGAGUAAGAACAUGGACUCGUCACAUAAACAUUUUUAAUAAAGAUUACAUCUUUGUACCUGUAAAUGAAUCGUCUCACUGGUAUCUUGCAGUCAUUUGUUUUCCAUGGUUAGAAGAGGCUGUGUAUGAAGAUUUUCCACAGACUGUAUCCCAGCAGUCACAGGCUCAGGAGUCCCAACAUGACAGCAAAACAAUAGAUAAUGACCCGCAAACUACUUCAGCACUGUCUUUGAGUGCAGAGGAUUCUCCAAGUACCGAGAUGAACAUGUCAGUACCAAAGAAAAUGUGUAAAAGGCCAUGUAUUCUCAUACUUGACUCCUUGAAAGCUGCUUCUAUACAAAACACAGUUCAAAAUUUACGAGAGUACUUAGAGGUAGAGUGGGAAGUUAAGAGAAAAACUCAUCGUGAAUUCAGCAAAACAAACAUGGUGGACCUAUGCCCAAAAGUUCCUAAACAAGACAAUAGCAGUGAUUGUGGAGUAUAUUUACUGCAGUAUGUGGAAAGCUUCUUUGAGGAUCCUAUUGUGAAUUUCGAACUUCCAAUUCACUUGGAAAAGUGGUUUCCUCGUCACGUAAUAAAGACCAAACGGGAAGAUAUUCGAGAACUCAUUUUGAAACUUCAUGUACAGCAACAGAAGGGCAGCAGUAACUAGUUAAUCUGUAUAAACACAACACAGAUGUUCUCUAAGAUUACUGGAAAGCCUCUUACCAGCAUUUGUGUUAGCCAGCUCACAGAGAAGAAAAUAACUUGUGGUAGUUUUAUAAGGCAUUGGACAUUAUUUAAAAUAUAUAAGAUAUAUUAUUAGAAUUGUUUGGAUAUCAUAGAUGGAGUAGAAAUGGGGAUGAUAUAAACUUAUUAGCUAGAAAUUAAAAUUUCAUAAAUAUUUCAUAUUUUUCUGAGUAAAUAUGCUUGGAUUAUGCAAUAGUAUAUGUAAUGUGGGAAUGUUUUUGUAGAUAAUAAAACUAUGUGAUCUGUACUUCCACAUGACUGGGUGUUGAGGGGAGUUAGGUCCUCCCAGUGCCAGCCCCAGAGCUUGUCAGAUUUGUUGACAAGUCACACCAUAUUGUAAUUCUAUUCUUUGCAGCUCAAGCAUGCAGUAUGAAUACUGUGUAUUUUUUUUUAAAAAAGAAUUUAGUAUCAAGGCUUCAGAAAAUGCCAUUUACGGCAUCCCUUCUGUAUGGUGUAAAAAAAGACAUUCAUAAUGUUAGGAAGAUGACGGGAAUCCACUCUUCUAAAGAGCAGCUUUUUAUUAAUUGCUAAAUCAGUUACUCCCAUUUCUUUUGAUAUUAUAUGUUGGGGUCUGAGAACUUAGUUCAUUUGUUCAGUGUAAAAUUUGGAACAAAACAUUUAGCUUUCCAAAAUAGGUUUUUAAAAAUUAUACAUGUAGUUCACCUUAGUUUAUUUGAGAUAUAGCUGUAUAAAUAUUUGCUCCUACAUUAUUCCAGAAUAUAUGUAUACAGUUUCUACAAUAUAGAAGAUAAAAUUGAUGUCCUCACACUUUAACAAAAAAAUACCCUCAUGUCCUAUUUAUUGCUAGAAAUAAAUAUAUAAUUUUAUAGCUCAGUUUAGCCAGUAUUCAUCUUCAAAGCCAGAUUGCUGUCAUUGCCUUUAUAUUUUUAAAUUGUAGUUUUUAUGAGACCUAUGAUCCUCAUUGAGCUUAAUUUUUUAUCAGAUAUUAAGGUAGCAGCUCUAAAUUCAUGUGAUGAUGGUGGUAUAUAUGAUUAAACAUUUCAGAACCUUCUGAUGUUAUCAGGAAUAUUUUGAGGGAGACAUGAUUAUAGUGUAUUUUCUCAGAAGAAAAAAUGCUUUUUAACAAUAUUAUUUUAAUCUUCUGUGUUAAGCGUCUCUUGGAUUUACAUUGUAACUGUGUGUAAAGCAGUGAAGCAAAGGCAAUUUAAAAUAAAGCUAAAACAUCUGGAUGUAUUAUUUCAAAAUCAUGUGAAUUGUCAGUUAAGCCUGUGUCCUUAGCUUUUGUUAUCUUGUCACCAUCUUUAUAUUAUUAAAGAUAGUUGUCUUUUGGAGGUUUCAUAGAAAAAUGAUCAUAAUUAUGUAUUUCAUUCCCAAUUUGUGUGUUUGUGUGUGUGAGACUUUUUAAGGUGACUAUUAAUUGUUUUGUACAUCUAAUUUUGGGAAAGAAAGUAAGAUAUCUUGUGAUUUCUGAACUUUUUUGUUUGUAUGUUUUUCAAAGAUACCACUGUCCUUUAUCAUGUAUGGAAGAUUGUUUAAAAUUCAUUUUCCUAAAUUCAUGUACAAAUAAUGCCUUGAUGAUAUCAACAUUUUAUAUUAAAAAUAUUUCCAAUUCAUUAAA